GCCUACAAUGGGCAACGUGGCCCAGGCUUGCUCGGCUGAAAAUGUCGACGCGUCCUAUAACCCUCCAGUGAUCAUUGUAACUUUUGUCCUGGGAUUCGUCACGAAUGCGACUGCUUUGUGGAUCUUCUGCUUCCAUGUAAAAACGUGGACACCAAACACCGUCUAUUCACUGAAUCUGGCGAUUGCCGACAGUGUGUUGAUUUGCUGUCUACCAUUUCGAGCUGAUUACUUUGUGCGUGGAAAGGACUGGAUUUACGGCGAUGUUCCGUGUCGCUUGAAGGUAUUUAUGAUUUCCUUAAACCGCGUCGGCAGCAUCAUCUUCCUUAUGGUCAUAGCAAUUGAUCGCUAUUUUAAAGUGGUCCAUCCGCUCCACAAAGUUAACAAGUUGCCCACAAGCUGUGCGACGAAGAUCGCCGGUGCCCUGUGGAUUGCUGCCGUGGCAAUUUGCUUGCAUUUGUUGAUAGAAAGACAUGACUUCCAGCACAACAACGUGACCAACUGUGAGCCCUUCAAGAUAAACCACCGACUAGGUCCCACGGCAAUCUGGACAUACACUGUUUUUAUUGUUUUGAAGUUUAUUUUACCAUUCUCGGUGAUCGUGUUUUCCACUUCCAGCAUCAUUUGGAAGUUGAAACAGAUGGAAACGGAAAUCAGGAGCAAGUACAAGCGAGCGGCGAAGCUUGUGACAGCUGUGGCGCUGGUCUUCUUGCUCUGCUUCCUGCCCACCAAUGUUGCCGUAGUAGCGGUUUUAAUCACAAAGCUACGGACUGCAACCGACUGCAGGUCAUAUGUCAUUGCAGUGGAUAUAUUCCAUAAUACCUUGUUCGUAACAUACUUUAACAGUGUGUUAGAUCCGGUUAUUUACUACUUCUCAAGCUCAGCAUUUAAAAAUAUCUUGAAGAAAUCGUUUCAUUGGCUUCAAGCAAACCAUUGCUCUUCAGGAACGGAUGAAACUGUGACAAGUCAUCCUAAAUAACUGGAUAGGGAUUGAAAGAUAAAUCUAUGUACUAAGUGUGUAUUGCCCACAAAAUGCUGGAGGAACUCAGCAGGUCUGGGAGCAUCAAUGGAGAAGAAUGAACAGUCGUCCUAUCAGGCUGCCACCCUCCUGCAUUUUGUGUGUGUUGCUCUGGAUUUCCAGCAUCUGCAGAAUCUUGUGUUAAAUGUGUAUUAUUAGAUUGUGUGAUGACAGGAAAGGGAAUAACUAAGUGUAAGUAAUAAUCUCAAAAAGACGUGCUAAAUUAAACUAUGGCUUACACUGUCAAGGUAUGGCAUUGAAAAGUAUCUCAGAUUCUUUAAAGGAGGUAUUCACAUCAUUAAAAUUAGCUUUAUUGGAUACAUGUGCAGUAGGGCAUCAAAACAUGCAAUGAAAUGCACAAUUUGCU